AGAAACCGAUUGUGAGAGAUGCACUACAAUGUCUCACUUGUGUUUAAUUGCCUGUACUUAAAACUGAGAAGAAAAAUUCAUUAUGGCAGUUCUCCAUUCAACCUAUAACAUCAGCAGUGGUGGCUGAGCUGAAGUUCCUAUAUUCCAAGGAGAGAAUGUAUAAAAGGAAUGGCCUCAUGGCCAAUGUGACCGUGACCUCCGCCACUCCAGAGGGCAGUAGCAGUUCUGAUUCUCUGGAAGGACGGAGUUCAGAUUAUGCCCAUAAAAGCUAUGAUGCUGUUGUAUUUGACGUGCUGAAAGUAACUCCAGAGGAGUUUGCAAGUCAGAUUACACUGAUGGAUAUGCCAGUAUUUAAAGCUAUACAGCCAGAGGAACUUGCAAGUUGUGGAUGGAAUAAGAAAGAAAAACACAUCCUUGCCCCUAAUGUUGUUGCCUUUACAAGGAGAUUUAAUCAGGUCAGUUUCUGGGUCGUACGAGAAAUUUUAACAGCACAGACCUUAAAAAUAAGGGCAGAAAUACUGAGCCAUUUUGUGAAAAUAGCAAAGAAACUUCUAGAACUGAACAACCUUCAUUCCCUCAUGUCUGUGGUAUCAGCUCUGCAGAGUGCACCUAUUUUCAGGUUGACAAAAACCUGGGCACUUUUGAAUCGCAAGGACAAGACCACUUUUGAGAAGCUAGACUAUUUAAUGUCUAAGGAAGAUAAUUAUAAGAGGAUGCGAGAAUACAUCAGAUGCUUAAAGAUGGUCCCCUGCAUUCCUUAUUUAGGGAUUUAUCUCUUGGACUUAAUCUACAUCGAUUCGGCAUAUCCAGCUUCAGGCAGCAUCAUGGAGAAUGAACAAAGAUCCAAUCAAAUGAACAAUAUCCUCCGAAUAAUUGCUGAUUUGCAAGUCUCUUGUAGCUACGAUCACCUUAUAAUGUUACCCCAUGUGCAAAAAUACUUGAAGUCUGUCCGGUAUAUUGAAGAGCUUCAAAAAUUUGUGGAAGAUGACAACUACAAAUUAUCCUUAAGAAUUGAGCCAGGAAACAGUUCCCCAAGACUGGUGUCAUCAAAAGAAGAUCUUGCAGGUCCAUCAGAAGUGUCAGCAGCUGUGAGGUUCAGCAGGAGACCAACUUGUCCUGAUGCCUCGGUAGCGGCCAGCUUGCCAACUCCUCCUGUACCACGACACAGGAAGAGUCACAGCCUGGGAAACAACAUGAUGUGUCAGUUCAGUGUAGUACAAAGUAAAAGUGCAACAUUCCCAACAGAGAAACCGCGCCACCUGCUGGAUGACAGUGUGCUAGAAUCUCACACUCCUGUCAGGAACCAUCCAUUAAAUUCUGUUUUCACCAAUGGCAUAUCUCUAGAAAGCAGUGAAAGUUCAGAAUUCAGCGAAGAACCUUCUUCAGGGCUUGAAAGGGGUCGAUUAUACGCCACGCUGGGGCCCAACUGGCGGGUACCAAUUCGGAAUUCUCCCAGAAGUCGGAGCUGUGUCUACAGCCCAGCAGGUGCCUGCAGCUGCAGAUCGGGGAGUUCCAUGGGAGUUGUGACUAUGGAAGGACCCUUAAGAAGAAAGACGCUGCUGAAGGAAGGCCGGAAGCCUACGCUGUCUUCCUGGACUAGAUACUGGAUUACUCUCUCGGGAUCUACUCUGAUCUAUUUUGGAGCAAAGUCCUUAAGAGGCAGUGAGAGGAAGCACUAUAAAUCUACUCCAGGAAAAAAAGUUUCCAUUGUGGGCUGGAUGGUAGCCCUGCCUGAUGACCCGGAGCACCCUGAUAUUUUUCAGCUAAAUAACCCAGAUAAAGGCAAUGUUUACAAGUUUCAGACCGGCUCCAGGUUUCACGCAAUACUGUGGCACAAGCAUUUGGAUGAUGCGUGCAGAAGCAACAGGCCUCAGGUACCUGCAAACCUUAUGUCAUUUGAGUAACCUGCUCCAGUGUGCGGUAUAACUUCCAGUGCCAAACUGCAGGAUGGGAAGAUGGUUCCCAUUGAAGAAAGGAGGAGAGACUUCAGAGUAAAACAGCUGUCAACAGCAGCAAUUUCAGCACUUUUCGAUGUAACUUGAAAGUAAUUAUGACACAGCUUCUAGAAACAGAAUGUGAAUGUUGUCCUUGGGACAGGAUCUAACCCAAUGCACUGAUGAAAGUGAGAUGAUUUAGACUGUUCGAAGAUGCAGCCUGCCCCAUGCAGGAUCCUUGAGUCCUUGACUCUAGCUGUGUGGUCACAGACGGCUGUGGAUUUCUGUCCUGCCACAAACUAUGUGUCACAUCUCUGCAGAUUUUUUUUAACUGCUCUUUUUAUUGUUGAGCUGCUUUAUGUGACUGAAGAACCUCUAGCCCAUGUUGGGUUUACAGUUAUUUCUAAUGCACAAAAACAUUUGACAGUGUUAACUUGCUGCAAAGUGUCAAUUAGAAUAGAACAUUGUGGAACAACAUUUUUAUAACCUUAAGUGCACUGAGCUGCUUAGCCAUGUGGCUGCCUCAGAUUUUGUAUCAAAUUUAGGGACACGACUGAUGUUCCUACUGAAGCUAUUUGGGAAAUGUGUAUUUUGGCACAAGAUAAACCACCUGUAAUUUUCUGUUUGUUUCUCAUAAUUAAUUGUGCUGUUUUGUAUUUCAUUAACUGGAGGUACCCCUAGCAACAAAGGGACUACUGCUGCUGAAAUUCACUUGAUGUUAAGGCUCCUUCUGGGUGACUUCAUCCCCAAUGAAGUAUUUGCCUUAAAUUGUUUUGUUUGGGGGUUGAGGGGCGCUGUUCAUCAAAAAUGUCUCACUGUGCAAGCAUUACCUACUCCCGCGGGGCUGAUUUUAGAACUUCCCACUCAUAGAGAGCCUUUGUUGAAUGAAAACAAUUGAUAUGGGCUCUCCUGCCUUGGUAGGAGAGAUUAUUCCCUCCCCACCACCACCCCUGUUUCUCCUAAAGAGAAAGAGAAUGUUUCCACCAGUCAUCAGUCCCUUCUACUCAGCCAGAAAGUCAGUGUUCUUUUAAGCAAGAUAGAAUAGCUAAAUUGUCCCCAUUUCAACUAUGCCUUUCCACUAAGUCGUUAGCUGCUUCAUGGCUUCCUGAGCCCAGCUCUUAAUAUAUAUGUAGGGAGCCAGUGGUCAUUUUGGAUAAACAGCUCUGCGCUUGAAGAAAUGUGCUCUCUAGGGCCUGCUGGCUACUGAUCUGACUGUAUCUUGGUUAUCUUUGAAGCAGGUGUUUACUUUAAAUAUAUGCUAAAUGUCUCAGCAGUUCAUGAUUGUAAUGCAUUUUUAAUUGUCAUGCUGUAUGUCUGUCCCCUGUUCCUAAGAGUGAAACCCAGGACUCAGAGUGAAAGAAACUCUUGAACUUUGGCAGUUCCUUUGCAGGAAAUCUGAAAACGUCUCAGCCCGGUGUUUUCCCCAGAUCCUUCUUUUCCUCUCAGUGAAGUCGUUGGGAGGCUGUGCAGCAAAUUGUGGGCUACAAGUUAGGUAGUUGCUGUAGAACUUCUGUAUGUCCAAGAACCAGUUUCACAAUGUGCAAAUUAAUAUGGUUUUCUGUUUAGUCAUCACAACCUGGCAUCCAUUGCGAUUCUGAAUGCCUGUUGUCCAGAAAAAUUAUUCCUGAGGAUGCAUCAUUUCUCUGGAUUUUCUAUCAGACGUGAAGACAUAUUGCUUAAUAACGCCUCUGUAUAUGAGGAUAGGCCAUUCACCUGGAGCCUAUAAAAAGAGCCAUCUCUUGCCAGUUGCAUAAUGGUAAUUAAAAAUUUGGCUUCCAAACCGAUUAACGGAGCUAGGAAGGUAAUUGCAUCUGGCAGAUUUGAGCCCAAAUUGCAUAAUAAUAACCGUUUACAGUUGUGCUGAAUUUAAGCAUCUUCCCUUUAUUUCUGAAUAAUAUAAUAAUGUCAGAUGUGCUGAAAAGGCAAGGAAUAUCUACUGAGAAACAGUAAAUCAAAAAAUGAGACUUUUCUCUGUUAUGAAAAACCUACUUGCAACAAAAGGGAAUCAUGACAUUCAUAACGGAGUGAUGAGACUGUUAGCAAGCUGCUGGAAGGGUAUGAAAGUAGCAUUCAGGUUUGCCCACAGGUUCAGUGUUUGGGUCAAAAAAAAAAAAAA